CCUCUGUUUCGCGAUCUCCGUUCGCCGUUCGCAUUUCGGGAGGAGGAGGAGGGAGGAGGAGGAGGAGCAGGAAGGUUUUGAGAUGGCGGAUCAGCUCACCGACGACCAGAUCUCCGAGUUCAAGGAGGCCUUCAGCUUGUUCGACAAGGACGGCGAUGGUUGCAUUACUACCAAGGAACUUGGAACCGUGAUGAGGUCGCUGGGUCAGAACCCAACUGAGGCUGAGCUCCAGGACAUGAUCAACGAAGUCGAUGCUGAUGGCAACGGGACCAUCGACUUCCCUGAGUUCCUAAACCUCAUGGCCAGGAAGAUGAAAGACACCGACUCUGAGGAGGAGCUGAAAGAGGCUUUCAGAGUCUUCGACAAGGACCAGAACGGGUUCAUCUCGGCUGCGGAGCUGCGCCACGUGAUGACUAACCUAGGGGAGAAGCUCACCGACGAAGAAGUGGAUGAGAUGAUCAGGGAGGCCGAUGUGGACGGCGACGGACAAAUAAACUACGAGGAAUUCGUGAAGGUGAUGAUGGCUAAGUAACGACUCUGAUCCUUGAGAAAUGGCAAUAUAAUGGGAAGUCCUACUAAGUUUCUUUCUUCCUUUCCCAUUCUUAUUUGAUGUUACUGUUAAACGUGCCUUUGAAGAAGUAGGGGGUCCGGUCUUGCAGGGUUAAAUCCCAUCUCUCUUUUUUUCUCUCUCUUGGUUUUGCGUCUUGUAAUCUCAAGUACUUUUGGCAGGUCGUGACUUUUGUAUUAUUCGUAUCUUAACUACCUUAAAAUGACUUUUGUAUA